UUGUUGUGUGUUUGUGCUGGUCGGUUCAUCGUCUCUCAGGAAAUCGCAUCUCUCUGCUUAGAAAAUUUCUGGUCCGCAACUCUUUGAAAGCUCCUCAAAACCCUAGCGAAUCCCUCGAUUUUCUCCGAUCUGCGUUACUUGUGGUGGUUUUGUUCCUUCUGUUCAGGUUGUUGAGAUUCGUUUUCUGUUUGAUCUAAGCCAGAAAGCAUAUCUUUGCACCAAGAUGUCUGGAUCCUUGAAUAUGACUCUUGAUGAUAUGGUCAAGAGGAGUAGGAAUGAGAGGUCUGGGGCACGAGGGAGGUCUCGCCGUGGCCGUGGAGCAAACAUAUUUUCCAGUGGUGGAAGAGGAAUUGGGCCUGCUCGUAGAGGUCCUCUUGCUGUCAAUGCUCGGCCAUCAUCUUUCUCGAUAAACAAGUCUGUCCGCAGGGUUAGGAACUUGCCAUGGCAGAACGAUUUGUUUGAAGAAAGUCUGAGAGCUGCAGGCGUAUCAGGAGUUGAUGUCGGUACAAGGCUCUACAUUACCAACUUGGAUCGGGGAGUGAUCAAUGAAGAUAUAAGGGAGCUCUUUGCAGAGAUGGGGGAGCUAAAAAGAUACGCAAUUCAUUAUGACAAAUUUGGGCAACCGAGCGGCUCGGCAGAAGUAGUGUACAUCAGAAGAACAGAUGCUUUCCAAGCUCUGAAGAAAUACAACAACGUGCUAUUGGAUGGAAAGCCGAUGAGAAUAGAGAUGGCGGAUUCCAACACAGAGGUGUCUGUCGCCGCUCGGGUGAAUGUGACCGGUCUGAACGGAAGGAUGAAGAGGACUGUCGCCAUGGGGCAAGGAGCAGUAGGAAGAGGAAGAGGUAGAGGGAGGGGUAGAGAGACUUUCAAGCGCAUCCCGAUCCAAAGCCAAAGAAGAGGAGGCGGCGGGCGAGGUGGCAUUGGGGCUGCCAGAGGCAGAGGCAGAGGACAGGGUGGAGGAACCGGAGGACGGGGAAAGAAGCCUGUCGAGAAAUCGGCUGAGGAACUCGACAAAGAUCUCGACAAUUAUCACGCAGAAGCAAUGAACACCUCUUAAAAGAAAACCCGAAAGCUCUCACGCACAUCCUUCUAUUUAGAUGACUUUUAGCUUUGGUGCUCUCUUUCUCUACAUGUGUAGCGUAGCCCUUUCUCCACAUUCUCUGACUUUUCUGUGGAUUGGCUGUUGCUAGUAUCUGUGCUCCAAAGAACAUGACCACUCGGUAGUUUAACGUUUGAAAGCUUUUUUUUUUUUUGUGGGUAA